CUCUUCCGCGCGAUGGCGUCAUCAACGACCCCCUCCCCGGUCCUCAAGCGGCCGGUCAAGAUCGCGUGCGUGCAGCUCGCCACGGGGCCGGACAAGACGGCCAAUCUGCGGCGCGCCGCCGACAAGGUGCGCGAGGCGGCCGCCACGGGCGCCAAGAUCGUCGUGCUUCCGGAAUGCUUCAACUCGCCCUACGGGUGCGACUACUUCCCGUCGUACGCCGAGACGCUGCUGCCCUCGCCGCCGACCCCCGCACAGAGCCCCUCCUUCCACGCGCUCUCCGCCAUGGCGCGCGACAACGGCGUCUACCUCAUCGGCGGCUCGAUUCCCGAGGUGGCCACCACGACGACGACAUCGCCCUCCACCGGCCAGGCCGAAACCAAGCAGACCUACUACAACACCUCGCUGACGUUCUCGCCGACGGGCGCGCUGCUGGCGACGCACCGCAAGGUGCACCUCUUCGACAUCUCGAUCCCGGGGCGGAUCACGUUCCGCGAGUCGGACGUGCUGUCGCCGGGGAACAAGGUGACGCUGGUGGAGCUGCCCGAGUACGGGCUGGUGGGGGUGGCCAUCUGCUACGACGUGCGGUUCCCCGAGCUGGCGACCAUCGCGGCGCGCCGCGGCUGCUUCGCGCUCGUCUACCCGGGCGCCUUCAACCUGACGACCGGCCCGCUGCACUGGCGCCUGCUGGGCCGCGCCCGCGCCGUCGACAACCAGCUGUACGUCGCGCUGUGCAGCCCCGCGCGCGACCUGAGCGCGGGCUACCACGCGUGGGGCCACAGCCUGGUCGUGGACCCCAUGGCGGAGGUGCUGGUCGAGGCCGGCGAGGAGGAGACCAUCGUGGUGGCGGAGCUGGACGGGGAGAAGAUUGAGGAGGCGAGGAAGGGGAUUCCCUUGAGGAAUCAGAGACGCUUUGAUGUGUACCCGGAUAUGCUCCCGCCGACCUCAUGGCGCCUAUGGCAGUCUACUUGCGGUCAAAAGACCGUCUGA